CAGGAAAACAGUUAGUUAUUAGAGCCGCAGCGGUCCUGUGCUGACAAAGCAAUUGGAUCCGCACCUUCGCAACCGCACCAGACUAGAUUCUAACGACUGUCACUCCAUCCUUUGCUAUUUUGCAGAGUUUCUACUAUCUAAUACCAUGGUACCAGUAUUGUUUUGCUUCAAGAGGGGUUUGAUAGGAGUCGAGUCUUGCUCGUUGCACAAUCUACAGUAGGUAGAUUGAUUCCCAAGCAAGUUAGCUACGAAUAGCUCAAAAGAAGUACUUCAAUACCGCACCCCACCUGCCAACACAUGCCGAUACUUGCUGGAUACGGUACCCCACCAAGCAAGUGGAUGGAUUGAAGCACACUGAAUGUUUCCGGCUACAGGAAGCAUCCUGUUGCCUCCUGAUCCUCCAUCCAGUCAAACUUGGAUUUGCGGCUUUGGAUUUGCUUGACAACUUGAGUCAUGCUUUCUCAAUUUCCGAAUGAAUGGAUCAACUGUGAGUCCUUGUGAUGGAUCCGGAACACAAUUACUAUGGCCCAAAGUGGACUAUGGAAAACAGUCCGUUGCAGCGAGCCACACCCAGUCGGUUGGACGAAUGUUCCCCAAAAGGCAUUGUGUGAUUAGACGAAAUCGUUCGCCCGUCACUGUUUCAUGAGAUAACAGUAAAAAACGAUCCACAUGGUUUCGCGGAGAUAAUAACAGUAAUUCUGCAAUUGCUGAUGGCUAGUCAUUGGUGCUGUCUGUCUUCACACUUUUCUUCUUCUAUUCUGCCAAGGACAACUCUUGUUCUUGCACUCUACUACAGACAGUCUAGAUACCCACGUACUGUACCCUAGCUAGUCUUCUAUCACCUCUUGCACUGUCAUCCAUCAAUAGCUACUAGCGCUCUCUCGUCUCUGCUAUCCUGUCAGAACAAAAGAGCCACUAUCCAUCCAUCAAUUGAAAAGAAGCAAUCGGUAGAAGAAUAACUGCAAAAUACAAUAAAUACUGUACCAUGGCCGACGUGCUGGUGGACCUUGCCAAACUGCUGACGACGACGACGACGUUGAUUUUCUCGGACUGCUCGCCUGUUGUAUCCCAAGAGAAACUCGACGGGUCAAUGCUGAUCAAGCAACGCGCCACAGCCAUGAGACAUCAUGUGGCGUAUCAUGCUCGGAAACGACGCUAUUGGGUCAAUGGGGCUUUGCUCAUGAUGUUUAUUUACAUGUUCUUUAUUUGGGUAGCCACACGGAAUAUAUCUACGAUUGCCAAUGCGAGUAGUGAAGUGGAUGGGACGUUUGAAUUUGUAGAAGAAAAUGAAGCCUUGGAAGAUAACAUGGCACUGCAAGUUCCCAAGACGAGUCGAUGUGCUAUCAAUUUCUUUGGACUGCCGCGAUCGUUUGAGAGUAUGGUACUGCCGUCCAUGACACGCAAUGUCUUUCGACGAAAUGCCCGGUUUGGAUGCGACUAUUUCAUUCAUUACUAUCAUCGAGAAGAAGAAUCCAGUGGUCGGGCGGGACAAGGAGGGACCAUCAAUCCAGAUGAAGUGCUACUCAUGAAACAGAGAAUACUCAAUGCGGCCAAGAAUGCCAAGAGCACUCCCAAUCGACAUCCUGCCGUCAUUUUUGUCAAGGAUACCGAAGAGGAAUUCUGGGAAAAGCGGGGGAAACUGGUAGAAAAGUACAGAACUACCACGGCAUCCGAUGGAAACUACCUAUACUAUCCAUGGAAGGCAAAGACAUAUCACUACCCAGAAUCAUUGGACAAUAUCGUCAAGCAAUGGCACAGCAUUCAGUCUGUCUGGGAAGCCAUGGAGGAAUACACUCGUCUCACGGGACAACCCAAAUACGAUCGCGUCGCCAUGAUGCGUCUCGAUGUACUCUACGCACUCCCCGUCGACAUUUUCAAAACCGACAAGGGAUCCGUCGAUCGACAAAACAAAUACGCCGUCAGUCCGGGAUUUGCCAAAUACCCCGUCAACGAUCGACUCUUUUAUGGACCCUACGAUGCCGUCAAGAUUUGGGCCACGGAACGAUUCUCGCGACUCGAUGAUCACGUACACAAUUACGAACCCGGAUGGGGUAUGCACAGUGAACGAUUCCUGGAAAGUGCCAUUUUUACCGCCAUUGAAAAGACGGGAAUUCCCAUGACGGAAAAUCCCGAUAUUUGUGUCAUGCGAGUCCGCGCCGAUCAAUCGGUUUGGAUGAAUGAUUGUAUUACCAUGGCGGGAACGACGCGAGGGAUGAAACGAAUUGCGCGACAAAAGUUGAUUGAAAAGAUUCUAGGCCGGCCGUGUGUCAAGAGUAAACUCCGGUAUGCUGUAUACCAACUGCAUUGUCCGACCGGUUCCAUUGAUCAAUAAGGCUUGCAUUUGCAUAACAUUCCAUUCAUUCAUUCAUCAAUUCACAAACAAAAACAACAAAAACAAACGUUGCCCCGUGGAUGAUCGUCCUCGCCGAAAGACAGUCAGUCAGUUCAUCAUUACUCAUCGUUUUGGGGGUCGGAAAUAAUGGACAAAAAGGUUAGGUACUGGCGAGAGAGAGGACGCGAGGGACGCUUCAUGCAAUGAAACCGUCGUUGAACGGGCGAGACCGCGGUGCACACGUAUCUUGUAACAUAGACGCAUAAUGUUCAAACACUCAAAAUCUUUC